CUCAGCGUCGCCUAAGAGGCCCGGGCUGGGCUAAUAGCUCGCGCGAAGGCGUUUGGCGCUGCGCUCACUUUGGGCCAGCUGGGUUGGCAACAAAGACCAGUACGAUGUAUCCAGUAGGAGUAAACCGCUAUUGGCUUGUAUGGCUGGCCGUCGCGGCGACCCUCACCGCUGAUGCCUCGGCACGGAGUCUGCUCUUGGAGGGCGCGAAAGGCCAAAGCCGCGUCCAUGAACCUGUUAAUAUACCAGAGGACGCCCGCAUAGACCUGUGCGAGUGCGAGCCGGCCGCUGGCUUCCCACAUGACCUGGGCUGCGAGAGGGAGGGCUGGUUCAUUUCCAACUUUGAGUACCAGGGGACAUGGAUGGGGGGCGGAGGACUGGUCCCGCUCAGCCGUGCCAUCUGCUGCCGGCCGUGCCUGCCGGGAGAGCUGCCCCGGCCGCCCUCGGAAAUGCACCGUCUAGGCAACGGCACUGCCAGGCCAGUGGCGGUGGUGUCCAUAGGCUGCCACCCCUCCUCGGGCCGCCAGUACCGGGCGCUCAGCUGCGAGCAAUCGGGAGGCAGCUUCGUGACAGGCUUCUCUCAGGCGGAGCGGGUCAACUCGGCCGCUUAUGACGAGUACUACCCUGUGGGGCAGGUGGAGUGCUGCACGCCCGCAGUGCUGCUGUCCAGCGGCGAGGUGUGGCAGCUCAAGCGGUGUGACUGCACCAUCAGCCAGACGAAGGACUGCGGCGGUCUCACCACCAGUCGCCUGCUGUGGGGCUUUGCGCAGUGGAGGAUGAGUUCUGGGGGCGAGUACAUCCCGGUGGCGCCGCUGGAGUGCUGUGGGCUGUGCCUAGGCGAUAAGAUCCAUGACAAAACCAACUGCGAGGACCUCAACUUCUGCUCCAAUAAUGGCAUCUGUACGCUUGGCGCGUGCGAGUGCUUCGAGGGAUACGCAGGCGCUGACUGCAGCGUGCGGGCGGGCGGCGGCGAGGAGACCGGCACGCUACCGUGGUGGGGCACGCUGCUGAUCGUGACGGGGAGCGUCAUGUUCAUUUCCUUCUCCUCCAUCGCGAUGAAGUACACAUUCCAGACCAUCCGCGCUCAUGCUGGCGGCGGCGGCGGUGGCAGCGGUGCGGCGGGCCGCCGAAAUGCAGGUGGCUCCGCAGCUGCGGACGCGAGUGCCGUCUCCAGGCCGCUGCUGCUGGCGGGGCUUGACGAUGAGGGCAGCGCCGGCAGCCACGACACGGACGAGCAGGACCUCACGGGGUUCUGCGACGACGACAGCUGCGGCGGAGGCGGCGCGCCCUACGGCAGCGAUGGCCAUCGGUCGCAAGCCUACGGCAGCGGCUCGCAGCAUGGCGGCCAUCCGCAGCGGCCACACCGCCACCCACACCCGCGAGGGGCGGGCACUCGAGGCACGGGCGGCGGCAUGACUGCAGCAUCGCCGGCUGCGUCCUCCAUGUCCAAUGGGGAGGCAUUCUUGUUUCAGAUGGAUGAUCUUGCAGCGCACCUGACGCCACCGCAUGCGGCGGCGCCGCCGCUGCGGCCACCGGAGCCCAUCUCGGAGCAGCCAGAAGCCGAGGACGCUGCCCUGGUGGCGGAGGCUCAGGCCAGGAGUUUGCCAGAGGUGGCGGCGAGGGCAGCAGCAGCAGCAGCAGCAGCGUUGUCGCCCGCGCGGCGAAGCAAUCACGGCGUCAGCGGCGCCGGGCCGCCGCCGCCAGCCUCGCCAUUUCGUGCCGCCGCAGCGGCACCGACGCCCGAAUACGCGGUUGCGGCCACCAUGCCGCGGACGGGCUCAGGAGUGAUGCUGUCGGAGGCCGGCGGGCUGCACGGAGAGCGCGGGCUAGGGCGGGUGGCAAGCGGUAGCCUGGCGCUUGCGGCCGCGGCGGCGGAGGCGGCGCCGAUGCCCAUUGGCCCCACGCUGACCGCGGGCGCACCUGGCAGCGUUGCAGCAUUCACCUAUCCUGUCGUGCUGCCGCCGGCGCUUUCCUCGCUUCCCUCGGGCGCAGGGCUCUUCACCGGUCAUGCGGGAAGCAUGCCUACAUCAACCCGCACCUCGCCCGCCGGCGCCAGCGGUGCUGGCGGCACCGGCUCUAUUGGCGCGCCGUCGCUGCUGUCGCCAGCGCUUGCACUCGAUGUCUCGUCGCAACGCGCCACAGGCAGCGGCAGUGCCCGCACCACCUCCCCAGCGCUCGCACCAGCACACGCGCCGGGGCUCGAAGCACUGCAACCCGCCGCCGCCUCUGUUGGCAACCGCUUCUCGUUGCAAACGGGCUGGCUGGACGAGCAGGUUAACGCGGAGCGCGAACCGCCGCCGCUUGAGCUGCGGCUUCUAGCAGUCGGCGCUGGCGGCGGCGGGGACGAUGCGAUUGAGGCGGCGCUGCGGGACCUAGAAGUUCUGGAUCCAGAGCUGGCGGCGGCGUGGAGCGAUGCGGCCAGUGGGGCCAGCCUACCGAUGUGCGGGUCGGACCAUUACGAGGGGUUGCCGGAAACUGUCAGCCGGCACUCGCCUACACAGCUGUACCUGCCGCCUGGGGCAGCGACGGCUGCAGACCGCGACGGCAUGCUUGCAGCCGGUGGGGCGGGGCCGCACGGGCUCGUCUCUGCUUUUGCGCUCCCCUCGGAUCACGACCAAGCUUUGCCGACAGGCUACACACCGAGUCGUGGCUCGCGGGAAUGGCCGCCCUCGUCAUCGCAUGCCGCGCUUCAGGCACACGGCAGCGGCCCGUUGGGAGCCAGCGGGCAGCGGGUGCACCACGGCAGCGGCGGCGGCCAAGUGCUUACGCCGCGCCGACCCAAGCCUGCCGCACAGACCGGGAGUGGCCGCGGCCCCGGCGACGGCAUCAGCGGCGCCGGCACAGCAGGGCCGCACCACUUUGCUCAGCAGCAGCAACAGCAGCAACAGCAGCAUCAGGCGCACCUGCUUGGGUUGCAGCACCGGAACGCAACGGAUGCGGCCUCCGAGGCAGCACUGUCGGUCGCCUCGGGGCCCUCAGCUGGAUGCGGCUCGGGGUCCAUUCCUUACGGUGCGGACGGCUACGGGUCGGACUUGGGGUCGGACCUCGCAGUGCACGGCCGCGCGCCGUCAGGCACGGGUGGGAGCGGCAUCGGGGCUGGUGGUGACAGCGUUGCGUGUGAGGCGGCGGGCGGGGGCGCGGUGGUAGGUGGCGGGGGAGGCCCCGGCAUCAGCGCGGCCACGUGCGCCAUCUGCAUGGAAAAGCCAAUUCAGGUUGCGCUCGUGCCCUGCGGCCACGCAAAUGUGUGCCGCCGCUGCAGCCGCCGCCUGACGCGCUGCCCCUUCUGUCGCAAGGAGAUCAUACGCCGUCAGCGCCUGUUCUACAGUACUUAAGUUUGCUACGGGGUACAGGGCGCGCCGAACAAGGACCCCGGUGUAGAGCGUGGUAGGCAGGCGGCAUGUCGGCAUGUGCAUGGAUGUGUGAUGGGACAGGGUUCAAGGCAGGUUGGCGAGGUCCCGUAGGGUGCAGCUGAUGCCCAUACCCUCAAGCAGACGGCAAACAGUUUGCAGUGGCAGAGCAGAAGUGCAUGGCUGGUCGAACGCCGGAGUUACUGUACCGACAAGUUGCUGGCUGGCUGGCCGGCAUGUGCAUGGAGUGGAAAGACUUUGCGUGUAAAUGCAGAUGAGUAUCAUGCAGCGGCUUGCGUGACGGCAUGAACCUUUCGGCUCGGUGAAGCCAACGCUCGCGCUUUUAUCAUCGUGUCAGGGCUCCUUCAACUGCAGUAGUGUGAUGUCUGCAAGCAAGGAAACAGUCGAGUGCCCUGGCCCGGGGAGUGACUCACGUGCAUGCCAGCAGAGCAAGGUGUGUCCGGUUGCGCGUAUGAGUGUGUGAUGGGACAUGGUUCAGGCAGGUUGGCGCGUAUGAGUUGAAGCGUGUUGAAGGGGUGCGAGCUGCACGGCCAUGAGCUUGCGACUAGAAAACAGUGGCCGCAUGUGUGAGCCUGUUGAUGAUCUUGUCGGUGGUCUCCGACUGUGACCAGUUUUACAGUUUAGAUGAGCGUGUAACGUGCGUGCACAUAAGGAGGCAGUGGGGAGGCUGUCACUUCCCCUCGCUGUCGCGUUGCAGCUACACGGUGAUGCUAAUGAGUGUGCCGUGGGACUGUGUUAAGGCAGGUUGGUGAAGUCCCGUAGGUGAUGCUAAUGAGGUGAAGUGUGUCUUGGGGGCGCGGUGGUGGUGCUUGUGCUGGUCUGGCCGGCCUAGGAACCAUGCGCAUCUGUGUCUGGUCAUUGCUGGAAUGCCGAUCCUGGUCUGGACCUGUUGGCCAGGCGGGGAGCUUGUGUUGUAAACUUACACUGAC